AUGUCUGGGGUAGAAGCUGCAACAUCGAUUGCUCUGCAUCUGUCGUCUUUGAGCUUUAGACCCGACUCAACCAAGCAAGGUGGAUCAGGAUACGAAGUGUGGCACCUCAGCACCAGCCCGUUUUGGGUCUUGCCUACUUACCUCCCGCAUCAGUACUCGGAUGAUCCUUUGAAGAAAGGCACGAUGCCGCUUCUGCCGCUUGAUCUAUUCUUGUACGACCUGUCUCGUCGUCCGCCUGGCACGGUUAAUCUCGCGUACGGGCCCAAGUCGCCAGAGCAGGUCUCGUUGAUAUACAAGUCUUUCAAGGGCAUGCUUGGGAAAGACUAUAGCAGGAUUGGCGGUGUUAACAUCACUGAUACUGACGGGAACGAGAGCACACGGCCCCCUUGGGUAGUGAUAGCAGAUUACUACGCCGAGUUCGUUCGUUCUAAAGCCAUCAAACUCGAGACAGGCCGCGUUCGCUCGAUGACUGGCUCUCCGGCCGCCUAUACUAUCGAUAUUGAGUCACCUGGUGGCUCCAAGCCACUUACUGACGUUGCUGCGGUGGUAAUGGCUACAGGCUUCAGCCCUUCCGAGUCCCUUUCUUUUCUCGAUGACGACGUGCUGCGGGUGCUUGAGCACUCCGAGAAAGACCAAUUCCUCCCGCUUAUCCUAGAUGGGUUUAGUAGCUCGCAUUCUGAGAUUCCAGAUUUGGGCUUCGUGGGCUUCUACAGAGGCGCAUUCUGGGGCCCUGCAGAGUUACAAUCGCAGAUAUUAGCCCAGCGAUGGAGUCAGAAAGGCUUGGAAGAAGUACCAACACCGGCAGAAGAUCAAGCCGAAAGAGCCAAGGAACGGGAAAUGGUCCGCAAUUUCAGGAACUUAUUCCCCCCCGGUACCCGUGGCCAAUUUCCUUUGGGGGACUAUGUGGGCUUGAUGGAAUCCCUAGCUCGCCAGCUAGGAAGACCUCGUCAGCCUAUCUCGAAAGACUUACCAGCGGAUACGCAACCUCUGGGACCUGUUGUGCCAGUUCGAUAUCAUCUUGAAAAUGAUCAUCUGGCACAGGAGCAGGUGGACACAACGAUAGAGGCCUUGAGGUACACUCUAACUGCGGGCUCUGAGCGAGCGCGCAUGUGCACUGCAGCAGCGAUUUUCAGAGCAUUACACGGCCAGUGGAGAUUUACAAGAGAGAGGGAAGGACUCGAAAAAUCUGGGAUCGCUACGUUCCACCCUCGUUACCCGUCUCGUCUGGGAUAUGAACGGGAGUAUCUUUGUGCGGAGACCGAGAAUGGAACUGAAACCAGGCUCGUUUACCGACUAUCUGAGGACUCUUCUGAGUUGGUAAAAAAGGCACAGGUUCGGAUCUGGUCUGUGGAUCAAGCAUCCCCGAACUCAGCUUCGGGUCUUCUGAGUGAAGUUCAGUUUGAAACAUCUUCAGAGGUGACAGUGCUAGGCGACUACAGGGUUCAAGCCUUCUAUUCUGCUGCCUCUGGCGAAGAGCACACAUACGAUUUCAUUCUCGACCGCGUGGCGAUCCGGAGCUGGAGCUGCACAGUGACACGACCGAGUAGCUCUGGGCGCCAAACCGGGAUCGAGACCCAUACAUCAUACACUAGACCUUAG